UGCAGCAGUGUUGUGUUGUGUUCACGUACCAAACUUGCCAAGAAAACUGCCACAAUGCAGACAUCAACAUUCGUUGUGUUAACAUGCCUCAUCGCUGUAGUUGUAGCAGACUUGUAUAUUGAACAAAACCAGUCGCCAGUAGUGGACACCGUCCAGGAAUCUGUAUAUGACACUCCCGUGAACGACAGAAGUCCUAGGACGAAAAGAGGGUUGCUUCUAUUGAAGAAGAAGCUACUACUUGGUGCUCUUGGACUGAAGGCGGCUAAAGUAGGUGCGGUGGGAGCCGGAGUGGUCGGCGCCAUAGCUCUUAAGAGUAAAGCAGGCUGGCAUUGAGAGUUUUCUAAAGGCAAGUCAAGAGUACUGCAGAACACUGAUUUAGUUUUAAGCUUACCGUUUUUAGGUUUAUAAGGUUCUGAAUUGACUGUUAAGAAAAUCUUGUAAUUUUUAAACCACUAAGGAAGAAGGUGAAUUUAGAUUAAAUGUUCAAGUUUCUCAGAUCCCAACAGAUUGAUAUGCCUGCUCGUGAUAGUGUGAUGUUUUCAUAAAGCAGCAUCUCUCUUUGUGUAUUUAAUGUUUUUGUAAUAAUUGUUUCAUGAGUUUUUGAAAUUGUCAUUCCUGUAUAACUAAAAUUUAUUGAACUUAGUUGGAAGCUCCAUACUGCUUUUGAAUAUUAGAAAAUACUCAAAUGAAGCUGCAUUGUUUCAAUAUUAACUUAGCACCAAAUAAAUGUGCUUUGAGUGUAUUCAAAGUUAUGGUCCAGUAUUAAAAUUAAAAUGAUUUGAAGUUUCAAGGAAUUUAUGAUAUCGAUAUGUUACAGGAAUAAUACGUACACAUUGAUUGAUAAGUGAGUAAUAAAUCUGACGGCGUGCUGGUGGAGGUGUAUUCCAGGGUGCCAUGUAGUGAUUAGUCAACUUAACGGUUUGAACUAGCACACUUGUGUUGACAUAUACUAUUUAAAACAAUAUAAAACUCAUUUACUAAUACAUUUUUUAGUUGUUUGAAUUUUUAAAUCAAAAAUUAUUUUUACUUUCAUGUUUUUAUCAAUUUGAGUGUAGUCAGCAUUCAAGUUGCAUCCAAGGUUGUUAUUCUAUUAAAAUAUUUUGUAUACUAUUUUAACAUUUGUGUUAUUAUAGGGUUAUUAGAAACCAAAGUAUCUUUGAUGGCACACUGAAGUUAACCCAAUAAAGUUUGUUGGUGAGUUAAUUAGUCAUCAUUUUUGUUGUUCUGGUUAUAGAAAAUUCAAAUUAUUGAAAUAAAUGAGUUUUAUUAUUGUUUAAAGUAGCCAUUAACAUGUUUACUUUAUACGCAAGCGAAUUAGUGUUUGACAGAAAUGUUGUUUAAUAGAUAGAUCAAAAUGAUAUGAUGACUAUUUUUAUUAAGUUUUGAUCCUAUUAUUACAGUCAAAACAAUACAAGCUAGCUUCUGAAUCAGUUUUGAACAUCGGAAACAUGCACAUUUAUAGAAAUGUAUCGUCGAAAUAGUAUGACUAGGAAUUUUGAUUCAGUAGACAAUGAGUACUAAUCUUUGUAUAAAAAAAUGAAUUGCUGUUCGUUAGCCUCGCUAAAACUCGAGAACGGCUAGACCGAUUUGGC